AUGGCCACUUUUCAUCCGUUCCCUCGUCUACCAUACGAACUUCGUGCUAAGGUAUGGGCGUUGGCAGCUGAGCCUCGCGAGGUUCCAAUCAGAGCCAAGUACGAGCACGAUGAUCGCUUCGAGGAAAUUUUGUACCUGAUAUCGCCGACACCUGUACCAGCAGUUCUACAUACCUGUCGGGAAAGUCGCAAGGAAAGCCAAUAUGAGAAGAUGUUUUACUUUCAAGAAACUGAACCACGCUACGUCUGGGUCAAUUUUGACCUGGACAUGCUCGCGGUUGGCCGAGCUUUUCUCGAUCACGUUGUCCACAAUAAAUCCCGUGUACGCCGGUUCAAGUUCGAGUACGAGUAUGAGGAUGACGAGUGGGAUUUUGAAGAUUACGAAGAGUCAUGGUUCCCAAACUUGGUGGAAUGUCAUGUGGUUGUUGGGGAUAUGAGCGGAUGUACGAGAUUCUGGAAUGAAGAUUACUGGCUGUCUAAGCAAGAGGACUUUGUAUUCAUUGAUAAGAAAACUGGCAAGAGGAUGAAUGUUUGCGAGCUUGGCGAUAUGGUGGAGAGGUUACUUGUACAACGUCUCGGGCUCAUUGGCAUGAUGGCAAUCAGAGAUUAG